AUGCUUCCUUCUCGUUCCAGUACCUUCCUUUUGAGCAUUGCUGCAUUUCUGUUGAUUCUUCUUGCAUGCAAUGCCAUUACUUCUUUCAUUCAUGCUGAAUUUUUGGUGGUCGAAACUUUCCAAGGUCUCUCCUGUAGUACAAAACCUGUGCACAAGAAAUAUACCCCCUUUUCUUAUUGCCAAAUGUUGAUCAGUAUUUGUGAAAUAGAUUUAAAUUACUUAUUUAGUACCAACGCGUCUUGCACCUCCACCAUGCCUCUCUCACCAAAAGUUGGCGAAUUCAUGACACUCGAAUAUCCAGAUUCGAAAUGUUCAGAAAAUCCAUCUUCAGUAACUGUAACUGCUUUGGAUACUUGUAUUCCAAGUAAUAAUUGCUCUUACAUGUAUAAGGGUUGUCAAUCAAAGGUGAAUUAUUCGGAUCAAAAUUGUCAAAGUGAAGUAAGGACAAGUCCUAUUUCAACAAUGAAUUGUGAUCAUGGAGCGACUGUUCUUUGCAAUAGCAAUCGUUCUUCUUCGGGCUAUCCAAGAAAUAUCAGUGAUGGAGCCACAGAGCUCAUGUUGAAAAGCAUCAUUGCAAUUGUGGUUUCAGUGACAGUUGUCAUGAUCUUUACUUUUGAUUCUAAUCUUUGA